AUGGGUAACUGUGGGACGCAUUCCUCCGCAGUCGAUGAAGUUGAAGAGGCCAACCAGUAUCCAGAGCUGUCACUUGAACAGCUUGAUCACCUAAGCUUAGAUCUUCAAAACAAUCUUGUCAAGUACGGAACAAAAUAUUUGGGUCCAUGCAAACCAUCCCUUCAUGGCGCAGCCACAGAUCCUUCUUUUGAUCAGAUUUCCAACGCAGACAUGCCGUGUGAUGCUCCGAGCGCGCGUUCUACAACGCCAAGUUCCGGCAUCCGACCAAAAAGUUAUGUUAAAUGUCCCAGCUUGGAUGAAUCCAGAGCCCACGGUUCCUCUUCCCCCAUUAGUUACGGCGGAGGUGGCAGCAUUAGCAGUGAGAGACGUCACCAACUUGAGCAGCGACCCAAUUCAGCUUCUCAUCUUCUGCGAUAUGGUCUCAACCACGUCAACAACAACAGCAGCAAUCACUCUCCAAGCGCUAACUCAUGCUGCCCACCAAAUGAACAGCGGAAUCCCCGCCCUUCACCUACUGUCAAGCAAAUGCAACACUGUGUAUCCAGCAACACCGAGAAGUAUUCGCAAAAACUAACUCCCAAACCGGUUCACCAGAAAUACCUAGUUCACCAUUCCCUUGGCAAAAACUCUAGCAAAUACUUUGUCGCAAUUUUUGACUAUAAGGCACGCUGUGAAGGGGAUCUAACCGUUCACAAGGGUGAUGCUGUCGUUAUGCUCGAUCGCAGUGAUACGGAUUGGUGGUUGGUUGAGAACGCAACAACCCACCAGCAUGGCUACGUGCCCUCGGCCUACCUAGCGGAGGAGAACUCAAUUGAGGUCUUUGAAUGGUACUUCCGAGAGAUAUCCAGAAAGGAUUCGGAGCGACUUCUUGUGCAACAAGGCAAUCCCACCGGCACAUUCCUUGUCCGACCCAGUGAAACUACUCGUGGUACGUAUUCAUUCAUUUCUCUUUUUUUUCAUAAAUCAACAAUGUUUCACCAAAUCGGCCAUCUAAAUAAUAGGAUCAUCAGUGGGCUUUCACUCUCAGUGCGAGACUACGAUCCCAGCGUGGGAGCAGUGGUGUGUCACUUCAAAAUCAAACAUCAUCCUCCGAGCGGGGGGAUCUGCAUCACCUCGACGUUAGUCUUUCCGAAUCUUGUGGACCUGAUCAAUCACUACACCUCACAUGCUGAUGGACUGUGCUGCCGUCUCACUCAACCCUACCCACGACCUCCACCCUUCCUUUCGGAUCUCUCGCGAAGAACUAAAGACGAUUGGGAGAUUCCACGCUCCUCCCUUGUCCUCCAGGAACGUCUUGGCGCCGGCCAAUUCGGUGAGGUGUGGCGCGGUGAAUGGAAGGGCACCACUCCGGUAGCCAUUAAGACUCUCAAGGAGGGCACCAUGACCAAAGAGGACUUCUUGAAGGAGGCGCGGAUUAUGAAGACUCUUAGUCACCCGCAUUUAGUGCGCCUGUUUGCAGUGGUCACCACCGAGCCCAUCUACAUCGUCACUGAGUUGAUGCCCAAUGGCAGUCUCCUCGCCUUUCUUCGAUCCGAUGUCGACAAGACCCUCGGGUUGAAGGAGCUCGUUGAUUUUAUGUCACAGAUCGCUACUGGGAUGGCCUAUCUGGAGGAAAAGUGCCUAGUCCAUCGUGAUCUCGCUGCGCGGAAUGUUCUCGUUGGUGAUAACAACAUUGUGAAGAUCGCGGAUUUCGGUCUGACUCGUGCCAUUGAUACCACCACUGAGGCAUACACCGCCAAGCAGGUAAGUUUCGAAGUCACUCAGUUCGGUUGUGGUGGUAGUUUAAUUGGAGCCAAGUUCCCGAUCAAGUGGACAGCUCCAGAGGCGGCGUACAGGGGGCAGUUCACCAUUAAAUCGGACGUUUGGUCCUUCGGAGUGGUGAUGUACGAAAUCAUAACUCACGGUCAGGAGCCCUUCCCUUCAAUGAGUACCAUGGAGACGCUUGAUCAGGUGAACAACGGCUACCGUAUGCCUUGUCCCCAGAACUGUCCAGCGGCCAUUUACGAGGUGAUGCUACACACCUGGGAUGCCACGCCUGAUCUACGACCAACUUUUGUCCUUCUCUGCGAAUUUUUUGAAACCUUUGUUGUGGCCGAUCCGCACCCCAUAGAACCGGAGGCCGCAACAAUAGAUUCAAGAACAGGUGCGCUCGCCUCUGAACCCUGUAAGCGACGACCCGGGUACCCCUACGUUGUGAUAUCGGGAUUUUUUGUACUGGGUUUGCUUGCCGCUACCGGCAGUGUGGAACUCAAGUCCCACCUGGAGGUGCCAGAAUGGUUGGCUCUUAUUAGGGGCUGGUAG